AUUUGCAGAUGAAUCAAUGAAGCAAAUGUCAAACUGGGCUCAUGGAAUGAAAUGAACAACGUAACAGAAUUCAUCUUGCUUGGCCUGACACCGAACCCAGACAUGCAGAAACUCCUGUUCGCUGUGUUCACAAUCAUCUACUUCCUCACCCUGGUAGGCAACAUACUCAUUGUGGUGACGGUCACCACCAGCCCAGCCCUGGGAUCCCCCAUGUAUUUUUUCCUGUCUUUCCUUUCCUUCAUAGAUGGCUGCUGCUCUUCUACUAUGGCCCCCAAGAUGAUAUUUGACUUAUUAGCUGAAAAGAAAACCAUCUCCUUCAGUGGGUGCAUGACCCAGCUCUUUGCAGAACAUUUCUUUGGGGGAGUUGAGAUCCUCUUACUCACAGUGAUGGCCUACGACCGCUAUGUGGCCAUCUGCAAGCCCCUGCACUACAUGACCACGAUGAACAGGCAGAUGUGUGGCCUCUUGGUGGCCCUGGCCUGGGCUGGGGGAUUUCUUCAUGCUCUGAUUCAAAUUCUUUUUAUGGCCUGGUUACCCUUCUGUGGCCCCAACAUCAUCGAUCACUUCAUCUGUGACCUUUUCCCUCUGCUGAAGCUUUCUUGCACUGACACUCACAUCUUUGGACUCUUUGUUGCAGCCAACAGUGGACUGAUGUGUCUGAUCAUCUUUUCCAUUCUUAUCACCUCCUAUGUUCUCAUCCUUUGCUCCCUAAAGGCUCACAAAAUUGAAGAACAGCAAAAGGCUCUCUCGACCUGUGCCUCCCACAUCACUGUAGUCAUCCUGUUCUUUGUCCCAUGUAUAUUUGUAUACCUUCGGCCCAUGAUCACCUUCUCCAUUGACAAAGCAGUGGCUGUGUUUUAUACUAUGGUAACACCCAUGCUAAACCCUUUAAUCUAUACUCUCAGAAAUUCAGAGGUGAAAAAUGCCAUGCGGAAGCUCUGGAGCCAAACAGUAGUCUUGGGAAACAAUUUGUGUGAAUAG